CCCAGCAUAUGAACGCAAUCACUAAAACAAUGCAGAAACCAGAAGAGAUAUCUGAACAUUUAGCUGAGUUAAACUCAAUGGAGUUAAAACAUAAGGCUGGCCUUGAAAAUAAUGGAUUUGUUGCUGAUUCGAAGGACAAUGAUGAACAAGAGAAGAACGAGAGAAGAAACAGCCAAGAUAUAUCUACUAAUAUUACAUUGCAUGAAGAGAAUCUGCCUUUAAAACCAUAUGCUGGAAUGCCCAAAGAUGUUCUCCUUCAGUUCUCAAACAGGGCAUGCUACAAAGUUACCAGAGAGAUUAUCUUCUGGCUCAUCAUUGCAGCUACAUUGGUCAUUAUAGCUGCCACUAUAGCAAUCAUAGCUCUGUCACCAAAAUGCCUUGAUUGGUGGCAAAGUAGCCCAAUUUAUCAAGUGUACCCCAAAUCUUUCAAAGACAGCGACAAUGAUGGAGCUGGUGACCUCAAAGGAAUACAAGAAAAAAUAGAACAUUUCCUAUACCUAGAUGUGGAAACGGUAUGGGUUGCUCCUUUUUAUAAGUCAUCCCUAAAAGAUUUUCACUAUGCUGUCGAUGACUUCAAAGAUGUUGACCAAACAUUUGGCACCAUGGCUGACUUUGAAAACAUGAUCUCAGCCAUGCAUGAUAAUGGCAUAAAACUAAUAAUCGACUUGAUCCCAAACCAUAGUAGUAAUAAUCAUGAUUGGUUCCGGUGGAGCAAAAAUCGUAUUGGUAAAUACACCGAUUAUUACAUCUGGCAUGACUGUCAGAAUGUAUCUGGACAAGUCGUACCUCCAAAUAACUGGGUUAGUGUGUAUGGAAACUCUUCAUGGGAAUAUGAUGAUGACCGAAAACAGUGUUACUUUCACCAAUUCCGUAAAGAGCAGCCAGAUUUAAAUUUCAAUAAUCCAGAUGUUCAGGAAGAAAUCCUUGAUAUUAUUACAUUCUGGCUGGAGAAAGGGGUUGAUGGAUUUACAAUUAAUGCAGCAAAAUAUCUUUUGGAAGCUGGACAUCUACGAGAUGAACCUUUGCUUAACAAAUCACAAAACCCUGACACUGUAAGAAGCUACAGCGAUCUUUACCAUGACUACACAACCACUCAAGUUGGUAUGCAUGACAUCAUUCGGGAUUUACGUCAAAAAAUUAACCAAUAUAGCAGAGAACCAGGACGAUACAGGUUUAUGGGUACAGAAUCUGAUGACCGUGAUACAAUUGAGAAGACUAUGAUUUAUUAUGGAAACUCGUUUAUCCAAGAAGCAGAUUUUCCCCUUAAUUUUAACUUUCUACAGUUAAAUAGCGAGACCAUUUCUGGAAAUUCUAUAUUUUCACUUGUUGACCAGUGGAUGAAGUCAAUGCCAAAAGGAAAGUGGCCCCACUGGAUGGUUGGAAGCCCAGGCAAUGCUCGUAUUGCAUCGCGAGUUGGUAAAGAUUAUGUCAAUGUCAUUAAUAUGCUUCUCUUGACACUACCUGGUACCCCUUCAAUUUACUAUGGUGAAGAACUGGGGAUGGAGGAUAAUCCUUCAGCAUCCAAUGAGAAUGUAAAUUCUGGAGAAUAUGAUCAAACUGAAUACCCAGAAAAGACACCAAUGCAGUGGGAUUCUACGACAAAUGCUGGCUUUAGUGAGGCCAACAAAACAUGGCUUCCAGUCAACCAGAAUUAUCAGGAAGUAAAUGUUGAAGCACAAAAAACUGAACCUCAUUCGACACUCAAUUUAUAUCGAGAGUUAAAUAUACUGCGGAAAAAAGAGCUGCCUAUUCACAGAGGAUGGCUGUGCUAUCUAUGGAAUGAUACCAAUGUUUUUGCCUAUGUGAGAGAACUUGAUGGUUUAAGCAAAACAUUCAUGAUUGUUCUAAAUUUUUGGACAGACACAGUUACUAACCUACGUCAGAUAGAUCCAGAUAUACCUGCAGAGGCCAAGAUCAGACUAAGCACAAUAACUGGCAAUAGCGGGAAAAGUGUUAAUACAGAUAGAAUCCAAACACAAAAAGGAGAAGGUCUAAUACUAGAAUAUAAAACAAGUAACCCAUUACAUAAAAAAGACACUUACAAAGAUAAAUGUUUUGUAUCAGCAAAGGCAUGUUAUUCCAGUGCAUUUAAUUUGCUGUAUAAGAACUGCUAAGAUUUGCAUAACUACAAAAUUGAAGAAUUAGUGUAAUUAUUAUAAUUAAGGUUGCUUGACACUGGAAUUAGAUGAUUGGAUACAUUGUAUAAAUAAACACAAUGUCUUAGAUUCAAAUGAAAUAAAUCAGCUUCUAAAAACAUUUAUUUCUAAACUUGUUCAAUGGUAAUUUAUUUUUCUACAUAGAUAAAUUACUAGGUUAUGUUUUUAUGUUUAAAUGUUUUUAUUAGUAUUUUUAUUACAAAUGUGAAGAGAAAAAGAAAAAACAACCCUUCAAGUAAGGGUUAACCAACAAAAUAUCAUCAUACAAAUAUAUAUCACUUAUUGAACAUAUUAUUAAUAAAUUAGAUUCUUCAAUA